ACGCCUAGCUGACAAUCAACCUUUGCUUUGUAUAGUUAUGACCAUCGAAUUGCCAUCGGCGCUUUGGCACGCUGAACCUUCCCCAUGUUGUUGAUCUUUCGACUACUGGCCGGAUUGCAUGCAGCCUUGUGCAGUUGAGCAAGGAACGCCUCUCUGUGCGCCUUGUGGUCGGGCAUGACUGGCCAGCUCAUCACCACAGCCGCCUUGGUUGAGAUGUAUAUCCUCAGCCUUGACCCCACUUCUCUCAUUCAUCACAAAAUAUCCAUCGAAGAAGUAGCAAAGCAAUCCGCUGUUACAGCUCACCAUGCCACCACAGAACGAAGUCUUCGCUCAACAGGGACAAAUCGACUGGGUCAACUUUGCAGUCUCCGUACCCCAAUACUCCAUCGAGUUCCUGGCCAGGAUCCAGGGAGCCGGAGCGCAGCCGGGAACCUAUGCCGCCGUAGCACAGCUUGCUACCAAGUUCAAGCUGUCAAAAAAGGGUAUCGAAAGGCUUGAAGAAACCAUUUCGCGCCUUGGCGUUCGAAGUUCAUUCUCUGAUGUUCUUUAUUUCGGAUUCGGUCACCGGAGUCUCUUUCGAAUUAUGUCGGAAACCAUUGGUGGUCUCAAGAUGAUAGCGCUUUGCGCGUGCCUGGACGAAGUUCAUUCGCCUAUCGCCACAGCCAGGAUUCUCUCUGCACUCUGGAAGGAGUAUCAUAUCAGCGAGGAUUUUGAGCCGUCUCAGCAACAAUUCAUGGACCUUGUCAAAGUGUGUAGUGGGUCACUAUCUACAUCGCCUUUUCCGGAAAUCGUUCAAAAAGUCCUGGGCCCCACGUCAAGAGGACAUGUACGUUGUUCUGAGCCCGAGGACCUUGCUAGGGCACUGUGUGCGCUGUUUGAGAUCACCACGGGCACGAGGAAAAGUAUCGUCAUCACUGGAAGCCAGGGCUGCUCAUUCAUUGCAGCGAUAGCGUAUUGGCUCUUUGAUCUAGACAUACAUGUCGAAGGAUCAGAGGGUGAGACCUUGUUCAAUUCAUUCGCUGGCGGCAGUGUUGUCGAGUCACAUUCGGCGCAGGUAUACGUUAAGUAUGGGCAUAAUUCCCCUAGGACGAGUACCAGCCUCGUCCUUGUUGAGUCGACAUAUGAGGUUGGAGAAAUCAGGGACUUGAUUCUGAGCGAGUCGCCUAGCAACUCGCGCUUACGACGUCGCAUUCCAUGGGAGGAAUGCCUCAGAUUCACUUGGGGGGGGAGACUUUGACCUUUUCUGAGACCUGGAAUCGCAUGUUGGAUUGUACUUUGGCAGUGUUGCGCGGGUCCAUCUGGCACUGGCCAAUGGUGAAAGUGAUAUCGGUGAUGUCAAAC